AUGGAAGACUCCAUUUUUCUUUGUCAAAGAAAAUAUGCAAAGAAUAUUGUGAAGAAAUAUGGAUUAGAGAAUGCUAGUCACAAAAGAACUCCUGCUCCUACUCACUUGCAGUUAUCCAAUGAUGAAAAGGGCAUAAGUGUUUAUCAGAGUUUGUAUAGAAGCAUGAUUGAUAGUCUUCUAUACCUUACGUCAAGCAGACCAGAUAUAACUUUUUCUACUGGAGUUUGUGCUAGAUAUCAAGCAGAACCCGAAGUGAGUCACAUCAAUCAAGUAAAAAGGAUACUGAAGUAUGUGAAUGACACAUGUGAGUAUGGAAUGUUGUAUUCUAAUGAUUCAAACUCCAUGUUAGUAGGGUAUGGUGAUACUGAUUGGGCUGGUAGUUAUAACGAGGAAGUAAUUUGCCUUAUAUUUGAAAGAAUGACAGAAUUUGAUACAUGCAUAUAA